CCCGGUCCCAGGCGCCUGAGCGUUGCAUGCCUUCCUCCGUAGACUGCUGCGGGGGACUGAAUAAUGUGGAUUAUAGCAAGGUCGAUCUCUCGGCUAUGAAUCUACUUUCCAAUUACGUGAAUGUGACUGAUCCCAACUUUGUCGUGGCUGUCCUCUGCAUCGCUUUCAACCCAUUGUUCUGGAAUCUGGUUGCAAGAUGGGAGCACAGGACCCGGGCACUCACACGCCUCUUCCGCUCUCCUUACACAGCCUGUUACUUCCUUGGGGUUGUCAUCAUCUUGCUCAACUUUCUGCGGAGUCAUUGCUUCACAGAAGCAAUGAGGAGUCAGCCCAAGCUGCAGCUGCUGGAUUGUCUUUUGGGGUACUAUGCCAGCCUGACUCUCCUGGCAGUGGGCACCCUCUUGGUGACCUCCAGCUUCCUGGCACUGGGGUUUAUCGGGACAUAUUUGGGCGACUAUUUUGGCAUCCUUAUGGAGGCAAAGGUGACAUGCUUCCCGUUCAGCAUCUUGGACAACCCUAUGUACUGGGGUAGCACCUCCAUCUAUUUCGGAUGGUCCCUCAUGAAUGCCAGCCCAGUGGGACUUGUCCUGACCGCGGCAGUGGCUUUGUGCUACGCCGUUGCUUUGCUCUACGAAGGGCCUUUCACAGAAGAAAUCUAUCGCCAGAAGGCACCAAAGCAUAAAUAAGGCCACAGCAUCAGUUGCGAAGACCCCUCCAGAGUUGGGAUUGUUUGGACACAGAGAGCUGGCCUGCUUGUGGCCCUGAGAUGGGAUAAUUGGAUGGGAUGACAGAAGCUCAGCCUGACUUCCAUUGCCUUCCUCAAACUCUUCUAUGAUUGCUCCCCCCUUUUUUUUUUUGCAAUGGAAAUCACUGGAACAGGCAGUUCGGAGAGAGAAGACUUCCCACUUUCACAAGACUCAGGCCAAGGCCAGGUGCAGCAAGGAUGCUUUUGUUGACAAAUUUUGCUCCACCCCAGCUUUCAGCAGUUUCCACUGGCUACAUAAUUCUGAAUGUUUUGAUUAUAGGCUGGAGAGCAUGAGAAAGGUGGAACAGGCAGGAGACCUGAGGAGUUUAUAUAACUGGAGCCAUGCACAGAACACGGAGAGAGAGAGAAAUUUAAAAAAAUUAAAAGCACAGAGCAUAUACAUUCCUUGACAGGAGAACAAAGCCAUAAGGGUGCCUUUGUGCUAAUGCUACUGCCAGCAUUUGUGGGAAAAGGGGAUUGGAUGCCUCAAUUUGGAGACAUGGACAACAUGUGAAUGUGCAGCAUCUACAUUCACACGACAUACAGAACCUGGGAACUGAAUUCACCCACUUUCCUGAUUUGCACCAUGCAUUCACUCUUAAACUCACCAAAGGGCUGGGACCAUUCAACAUGCAAAGCCAUAAAUGAAUCCCAACCAAGGUGAGCACAAAUCAAGGUGAGCAUGUUUUUAUGAAGGCAUCUCCUUAGUCUUUACCUGACCUGCUAGCGUGCGAACACAGCCAAUGCUUUGGCUUUUUUUUAUUGCCUCAUAUGAACACGGAGGAUCCAAGAUGACCACCUCUCUGUUGAUUCUGCCAAAGGGUGCAGUGUGCACCAGCUGGACUUCUCACAAGCUGUGCUCUAGUUUAGCAUUUUCCACAGCUUAAACCCCAAACACAUUAUCAGAACAGUCACGUGAUGUAGCUUUCGUUGGGCAGUCCCCUUCAUACGCUUGCCAAGCCGCUGUCAUGUUUUGAACAGGAUGGCUCCUUAAACAAAAUGAAGAUUCCCUCUGCAGAGCCAGUUAGGUCAGGGAGAAGACCAGAUCCGAAGUUCUCCAGAACAUGCUAGGAAACCCUGCGUUUGCUUUAUAUCUCCCCCCAUCCCUAAACUGAAAUAGUACACCCCUUUGAAAGCUGCACCAAAUGACUUUUCAGUUUUGGGGUUUCCGUUCUGGGCCAUACCCCAUUUAUUUGCUAUCCUUGUCUCUUCUCUUUGUGCUGUGAUGUCUCGACUUCCGAAGGUAUCUUCUUAGCUUCUGUACCUCACCCCAGAUGGUCUGGUUUUCUCAACAGUGUUGGUGGACUUUUGCAGGAGAAGUGCCUGCAAAUGGAUUAGUGGCUAUGAUGUCGCAGAGAAUAUUGGACUUUGAAGCCUCAGGUAGACAUGGGUAACCAUAAGCAGCAAAGUAUUGUUUGAGCGGCCACGAGCGUUACUCAUACAUGUAGGAAUAGACCAGACUGGGUGGCAUGGUUGCUUAAUCCUGAGUUGUCAUCUCUGGGAAAGGACAAGAACAGCAGUAUUUCUCCUCCACUUGAACAGCAUGAGGGUUUCAUGUUCUUCAUCUACCCAAACUUCUCCUGAAACUCCAAAGUCGGUUGUUCUUUGGAUGAAGUGGUUGUCUUCUGAGUGGAUUCCGAGAGAGGUCAUUGGUCGCAUUGGCAGGGGCAUGGUUUCUCUAACAGGGCCUUCCUGAAGAGGUGCAUCGUUUGUGUCUGUCGAAAUACCUUGCGCAUACUUUCCAGAAACCGUGACCUCUCUGAAGUCCUUUGAAACUCAAAGAAUGGAAAGUGGUUGGCUGAAAUGAGCAUUUUCAGAGUUUUCCUUUCUGUGCGAUGGGGCUAUAAAUUCCUUUCUCUUUUUCCUCCCUGUUUGUUCUUCAUUACUGUUCUAUCCCUUUUUGCUACCCCCACCCACCCACUAUGAAAACAUUGUAAAUUCCUCUCCCCUCCCAUUGUUUUCAAAUUCUUCCAGACAAUCUCUGACACCAACUUCUGAUAACUAUAUCACACACACCCCCAACCUUAUGCCCGGUCCUUUGUAAGUUUGAAUUAUCUGAACCAGCAGGAGCUAAAAAAGAGAUGGCUUAACCAUUACGUUGAACCCACUAUGGGACAAGGUAUGUUUGGGCUAUCUGUCGUAGGGAAUUUGUGUCCUUAUUUUUCACUGUGUCCAUAAUAGUUGCAGCUGAAGCACCUGUCUAUGAAAUGCCAUUUAAAAAUAAAUUUAAAAAGAGAA